CGCUGCCAGAGGUCAUCGCUGCUGCUGCUGCUGCUGCUGCUGCUGCUGCUGCAGGAAGCGAGGCGGGUGUUUCUCCACAGAUGCGGAUCAGGCUGGUGGCUGAGCGCUUUGGAUCAAGAUCAGGCAGGUGAGAAUUUGGAGAGGAAGAGUGAGGUGGAAACCAGAAGAGAAAUUAUGGGUAAUACGUGAUGGGGUGAAAGUGAGCACAGACUAAAAACUGAGGCACAAUUUAAGAGGAGAAAUGGAUAACCUGCUUGUUACCGUGGAGCCCAAUAAACCGUGGAGAAAGUAAGAGAAAGGAGCCUUUGCCCUCUGCAUAGCAAAAGCUUCACUUCUGAACCAGACUUUGAACCUCAUUGGGAAAUGCAAGCAGGUGAGAAAUUGCAUGCAUGUUUGAAAUGUGGGAAGUGCUUCAGCACGAGUGGAAAACUAACUUCACACCAUAGCACCCACACAGGGGAGAAACCAUAUAAAUGUAUGGAGUGUGGAAGGAGCUUCCGCACGAGCGGAGCUCUUACUGUACAUCACAGAACCCACACUGGGGAGAAACCACAUAAAUGCUUGGAAUGUGGAAAGAGCUUCACAACGAGUGGACAUCUUACUAUACAUCAUAGAACCCACACUGGGGAGAAACCAUAUAAGUGCUUGGAAUGUGGAAAAAGCUUCAGUGUGAGGGGAGAUCUUACUGUACACUACAGAACCCACACUGGGGAGAAACCACAUAAAUGCUUGGAAUGUGGAAAGAGCUUCAGCCGGAGUGGAGAUCUUACUGUACAUCACAGAACCCACACUGGGGAGAAACCACAUGAAUGCCUGGAAUGUGGAAAGAGUUUCAGUACGCGUAGACAUCUUACUGUACACCAUAGAAUCCACACUGGGGAGAAACCACAUAAAUGCCUGGAAUGUGGAAAGAGCUUCAGCCAAAGUGGAGAUCUUACUGUACACCAUAGAACCCACACAGGGGAAAAACCACAUCAGUGUUGUGAGUGCGGAAAGAGCUUCAGCACGAGUGGAGCUCUUACUUUACAUCACAGAACUCACACUGGGGAGAGACCUCAUACAUGCUUGGAGUGUGGAAAGAGCUUCAGCAUGAGGGGAAACCUUGAUAAACACCAUAGAACCCACACAGGGGAGAAACCAUAUAAAUGCUUGGAGUGUGGGAAGUGCUACAGUGAGGGAGGACAUCUUAUUGUACACCAUAGAACCCACACUGGAGAGAAGCCACAUAAAUGCUUGGACUGUGGAAAGAGCUUCAGCACGAAUGGAGAUCUAAAUAAACACCACAGAACGCACACUGGGGAGAAACCAUACAAAUGCUUUGAGUGUGGAAAGAGCUUCAGCAGGAGUGGAAGUCUUACAUUGCAUCACAGAACCCACACUGGGAAGAAACCACAUAAAUGCUUGGAGUGUGGAAAGAGCUUCAGGAACAGGGGACCUCUUACUAUGCAAACCAUAGAGCCACACUGAAAGAUGGAAGGCACACCUUACUGCAAAUGCGCAAAUUCAAACAGGGUAGGAAUCAUACACAUGAAACUGCAGACAUGCCCAAGAAUCUCCCACAAUUUGAGAAACAGAAACCCUUGUGAGAUUUCUGAUUCUGAUUUGUUUUGCUUCCCUCUGAGGGAAUCCAUAGUUUUGUGUCUAUGUUAUAAAUAAAUGUGCAGAAUUCAU